UGUAUAACGCGUUCAAUUCACCAGUGGUAUCAGAUUUCCAUUUAAAAGUUUAGCGUUCCCAGUUCCAGCCAUUAGUUGUGGUCCUGUGCAGGAUUCCCUCCUCCGGCCCCCUCCAGCACACAUGCUUGAUUUUCGCUUCCUGUCCAGCAGCUCCAGAUGGGGCAGAUCAAUGCUCGCAUUCCAGCUCAUUGUAACUGUAGCGGCAUGUGAUUUCAGCCCGUAAUGUCCGCGCGCUGGAUUGAGCACAAUGCAGUGAAUAUGGUGCCACUUGGAAACACGGACCUCUACGCACAAUCGGCUUUGCAAGUACUUUUUAAUCUAUUAAUACGGAGUGAAAGCGCGGCUGCCUCGGCUGUUUUAUUGAGGUGACUACAGAGAUGAGGUCCUCAUCCUCGCGUUUAUCAAGUUUUUCCUCCAGGGAUUCUUUAUGGAGUCGGAUGCCGGAUCAGAUCUCCGUGUCCGAGUUUCUCUCGGAGACGACGGAGGAUUACAAUUCCCCCACGACAUCAAGCUUCACCACCCGCUUGCAGAGCUGUCGGAACACGGUCAAUGUUCUGGAAGAGGCUUUGGACCAGGACCGCACAGCUUUACAAAAGGUCAAGAAAUCCGUCAAAGCUAUUUACAACUCGGGUCAAGAUCAUGUGCAGAAUGAAGAGAAUUAUGGGCAGGCACUCGACAAGUUUGGCAGCAACUUCAUCAGCCGAGAUAACUCUGAUCUGGGAACAGCUUUCAUCAAGUUCUCUGGCCUUAUCAAGGAGCUGGCUGCACUCCUCAAGAACCUGCUCCAGAGUCUCAGCCACAAUGUCAUCUUCACCCUGGACUCUCUGCUCAAAGGAGAUCUGAAGGGAGUGAAGGGGGAUCUUAAAAAGCCUUUCGACAAGGCCUGGAAAGACUAUGAGACCAAGUUCACGAAGAUUGAGAAGGAGAAGAGGGAACAUGCCAAGCAGCACGGCAUGAUCCGUACGGAGAUCACCGGCGCAGAGAUCGCAGAAGAGAUGGAGAAGGAGCGAAGGAUCUUUCAACUGCAGAUGUGUGAGUACCUGAUCAAAGUGAAUGAGAUUAAGACCAAGAAAGGAGUGGAUCUCCUCCAGAAUCUCAUCAAGUAUUAUCAUGCACAGUGCAAUUUUUUCCAGGACGGCUUGAAAACCGCUGACAAGUUGAAGCAGUAUAUUGAGAAAUUAGCAGCUGAUCUCUAUAAUAUCAAACAGACCCAGGACGAAGAGAAAAAACAACUCACAGCUCUCAGAGACCUCAUCAAGUCGUCCUUACAACUGGACCAGAAAGAGUCUAGGAGAGAUUCUCAGAGCAAGCAGAGCGGUUACAGUAUGCACCAGCUGCAGGGCAAUAAGGAGUUUGGUUGUGAGAAGAAGGGCUAUCUCUUCAAGAAAAGUGAUGGGAUCCGUAAGGUGUGGCAGAGGAGGAAGUGCUCAGUGAAAAAUGGCAUCCUCACCAUCUCCCAUGCCACAUCCAACAGGCAGCCGGUGAGACUGAAUCUGCUGACCUGUCAGGUUAAACCCAGCGGAGAGGAUAAGAAGUGCUUUGACCUCAUCUCCCAUAAUCGAACAUAUCACUUCCAGGCAGAGGAUGAACAGGAGUUUGUGAUAUGGAUUUCAGUGCUGACCAACAGUAAGGAGGAGGCUCUGAACAUGGCUUUCCGUGGGGAGCAGAGUGCUGGAGAUGACAGUUUGGAAGACUUGACCAAAGCCAUCAUCGAGGAUGUGCUGCGCAUGCCUGGAAAUGAAGUCUGCUGUGACUGUGGAGCACCAGAGCCUAAAUGGUUAUCCACUAACCUUGGCAUCCUGACAUGCAUUGAGUGUUCAGGGAUCCACAGGGAAAUGGGUGUCCAUAUUUCACGCAUCCAGUCCAUGGAACUAGACAAACUCGGCACCUCUGAACUCUUGCUGGCUAAGAAUGUGGGUAACAGUAGUUUCAAUGAAAUUUUAGAAGGGAAUCUACCAAGCCCUUCACCAAAGCCAACACCAUCAAGUGACAUGACUGAGAGGAAGGAGUACAUAAACGCAAAGUACGUGGAGCAUAGGUUUGCUCGGCGGACAGCCACUACAGCCACAGCCAGACAGGGCGACUUGUACGAGGCUGUGAGAACUCGAGACCUGAUGGCUCUUAUUCAGCUCUAUGCAGAUGGAGUGGAGCUUAUGGAUCCAUUUCCAGAAGCAGGACGGGACCCGGGAGAGACAGCGCUGCACUUUGCUGUGCGGAUUUCAGACCAGACCUCGCUGCACCUGGUGGACUUUCUUGUCCAAAACAGUGGAACUCCAGACAGACAGACGGAGAGUGGAAACGCUGCUCUCCAUUACUGCUGCACAUAUGAGAAGUCAGAGUGUCUCAAACUGCUGCUCAGGGGAAAACCAUCUAUUGACCUGGUUAAUCAAAAUGGGGAGACUGCUUUGGACAUUGCCAGACGAAUGAAAAAUGCACAGUGUGAAGAGCUACUGAUGGAGGCAGCAGCUGGGAGGUUUAAUCCUCACGUGCACGUGGAGUAUGAGUGGAAUCUGCGGCUGGAGGAGAUUGACGAGAGUGACGAUGACCUAGAUGACAAGCCCAGUCCGGUAAAGAAGGAGCGUUCUCCCCGACCUCAGAGCUUCUGUCAUUCCUCGAGCGUGUCCCCUCAGGAGAAGCUGUCUCUCCCGGGGUAUUUAGGACACAGGGACAAACAGAGACUCUCCUACGGAGCCUUUGCCAACCCCGUCUACAACACCUCCACCGAAACACCUGCAUCUCCGGUUUCAGAGGGGCCCACAAUAGCCAGCAAGACCACUGGGAAAGCUCCGUCCUCUGGACCGCCCACCUCCCUGCCGCUGGGAUCGCAAUCGAGUGCAGGAGGCAGCUCCACUCUGUCUAAGAAGAGAGCGCCUCCUCCACCUCCCGGACACAAGCGCACCCACUCAGACCCCCCCAGCCCUGUACUGCAGGGCCCGCAGAGCAAAGGAAGUGAUUCUACACCUCCUUCUGCGAAUCGGACAUCCCCGGCCAAUAAGUUUGAGGGAAUUCAGCAGCAGCAAAGCACUACUUCUAUGAACACAAAAGCAGCAUUUGGCCCAAGAGUUCUUCCCAAACUACCUCAGAAAGUGGCACUACGAAAGAUUGACACAAUCCACCUCCCCUCAAUGGACAAGUCUGGUCCCGACGUGCUGCAGAAACCCCCACAUGCCCAGGACACGCCUCCCACCAGAGCUUCAGAUACAAUAACCAGACCCACUGAGCCUCCACCUAAAAUCCCACAACCCGCAGAACGCUCUCAGCCCCUAGAGGUGCCACAGAAACCUCACAUCUCAGACCUUCCCCCUAAACCGCAACUGUCUGAUCUUCCCCCGAAACCACAAUUGUCGGAUUUACCCCCAAAACCUCAACUUUCUGAGCUGCCCCCGAAACCACAGCUUAAGGAUCUUCCCCCUAAGCCGCAGCUCUCUGACCUCCCAUCCAAGCCUAUGAUGUCUCCAGCAGCUGAGACCACACAGAAGCAAACGACACAGGAGGAAACCAGCCCGAAGCCCCAGCUGACGGAGGUGCAGUCAUCCAGUCAGCAGGAGGAGCUCUCUCCCAGACAGGCCAGUGAAGACACUAAUGGUGCGCCUGCAGGAGCUUUGGAGAUGCCUGUCCCGAUGCCACGGAAAAUAAACACAGUAGCAAAGAGCAAAAUAAGGCGCGUGAAAACCAUCUACGAUUGCCAAGCAGAUAAUGAUGACGAGUUGACUUUUGUGGAGGGGGAGGUUAUAAUUGUUACAGGAGAGGAAGACCAGGAGUGGUGGAUUGGGCACAUAGAGGGGCAGCCUGAAAGGAAAGGGGCCUUCCCAAUGUCCUUUGUGCACAUUCUGUCAGACUGACAGUGUAUAAGUGGUGGCCGAGAGGCUUUCUAACUAGCACAAGCUCCGCUCUCUCUCUCUCUCUCUCUCUCUCUCUCUCUCAUUCUCUCUAGCCUCACACUGGACUGUGGGCAUUGCCUCUGUACAUAGCUGCUGAAACCCAAACGGUCUCCAAACAAACGUAACAUGAAGAAUCAAACCCAUGCUCCCUUAAUCCUCAAGGGGGAAAUGUGUAAACUAUGUGUUGUUCAUAAACUGUGUUAUCCUGCCUACCAGUAUUAUCGUAGCCAUGGCAGCCCAGCAUGCCAAACUGGGUUUGCAGUAGCUAUACAUGGAAAUCUAGCACUUAACAUGUAUGCUGUAACUUUGUGUAUGUGUACACAUAUAGAAAAUAUGUAAGUCCAUUUAAAGUGUGUCUUUGUACAUACAUAUGCACAGAUGUAAGUGUAUAUUUAUGUACGUAUGUAUAAUGUACAAGUGUGCAAAUGUAUGUUAACCCUGCUUGCUUAUGGAGCCAGAGUGACUCUAGACAUUUUAGUGUACUGUUUUAAAAGAAAAAAAAAGAUCAUCUCUUAAAUUUUUGGAUGGCAUAAGUGAUAAGUGAGAAUACAAUAACAUACCAGUGUUUAAAUUCCCAGCAUAGUGGCAUGCUGGUCAGGGAUCAAAACCAAAAUGUAAAGGUUUAAACAUAUCAUCUGCUAUACAUAGACGAUCAAAAUUGGCAUUCAUUACGUUUGCAUCACUCACAAAAAAAAAGAAGCCGCCAGAAAUCUUUAUUCUGAACACGUCAAUGAGUAGGAGACUAAUUUACAGCCCUUUUGAAAAUUUCUGGUGUAAUGUUACCACUUUGUACCCAUGCUCUCUCCAUGCCAGUAUGUUAAUAUGACGGUCAAGAACGUCACUACAUAGAACCAGUUAUAAUUUAAAAAUAAAUAGUUAAAAAGCUCAUAUCGAUCAAAUAUUUCAGUGUCUAUGGUGGUUACGGCCUUGGUCGCAUUUGUGGGAACGCUUCAUUUCUUCCCCAUUGUUGUUUAACGCCAAAUCUGACAAAACUAAUGCCUCAGCUCUGGGAAAGUGUCCUUGUCGAUAUUGUUUCAUUAGAUCAUACAAUAACCUACCUUAUCCACCUGGUCUCAUGGAUAAAUUAUGAAUCUUCUCUCAUACAUGGAUAUGACUGGUCAAACGUUGUUGGCUUUGUAUAAAAAUGAACAUAUGUUGAGCAGAACACAAUCUGUUAUAGGUUGCUUAGAGUGAGUUUUAUUGUUUGCUUACAGUGACUGUGGAAUGUGGUUUGUUUUGUUGAAUUAAGUUGAAUUAAACUGCAAGGGGACCCGGCAGUGAGUGACUGACUCGAUAUGACUCAGAAUGAACUAAAGCUGCCUCUUUCUCGUUACCCUAUCAGGGAGACCAGCAUUCAUUCUUGGUUUUUAACUGUUGUUGUAUUGAUGAUAGAAGAUGUAUUAAUGAAUGCCACCUGUACUAUAUUUGAUGAUGAUAGUAUUUGACAUUUAUAGGGCUAAAGUGUUUCCGCAUGGAGAGGAAUGGACCCUUCAAGUGUAGUUUAUUGUGGGUUUUGUUCCUCUGUUUUAGGUUAUGUUACAUUAAAAUAAUUUUAACUAAAGGAUAAAAAACAAGAAUUCAGCACAAAGAACAUCUCUGCUCAACGAACAAGACAAAACGACUCCGAGAUUGUGGUAUAAAGUUGCCGAUGCACCGUUCCCGGACUGUUUUGUUUAGACCCCUAUGCUGAGCCCACUGUUGGACGAUGUCUGUCUGUUUAGAUGUUCAAUCCAGCACAACUCCAUAUGAUGGAUUCUUGUGUUUGCUAAUAUUGUAGCAUACUGAAGUCUGGAAACAGUCAAUGUAACAUCUACAGUACGUGAAUAAACUGGAUUCAGUCCUAAUGUUACAUUUAGGAUGAAUUUUGCCACUCUCUUCCUUUUUUUCGGUCUGUUUGCUGCACUGUAAGUUCAGUCAGAAAGAAAAUCAAACUUGGCUAUCAAGUCUUCAAAUAAAGUCUUUAAGUUGAAACCA